UCGGAAACAAGACAACCACAACCGGAGUCCUCUAUAUCAGUAGCAGGAACGGGGUGGGGAAGUCUCGGGUACAGGCAGUAGUACCACAAGCAAACUUACUCCUACAGCAGGAAGUACUUUUAUCAAGACGAAGGAAAUAAAGCUGGAACGAGCAAAGGAUACUGCAACGAGCAACACAGGAGGUGGAACCGCGUUCGCCAGCGAUAGUUCUACGAACCUGGCAACCGCGAUCAAAGGCCUCAAGGAAUUCGACGGAAAGGCCCCAGCUGAGUUCAAGACAUGGAUGAAGAAAUUCUGCGUGGUGUUAGGUGUGACCAGGAAGGACAUCCUGCCACUGCUGAAGAAACAAAGGAAGCCAGAUCCCGCAGACACAGCGGCCUUCGACUCCUACACAAAGGCAAACGAAGAUCUCUACGCCAUUCUUUUCCUCCUAGUGGAACUUCCAGCCGCCUUGUCGAUACAGAAGCACGAAGACGACACUGGCAUCAGCGGCGACGGACAAGCUGCCUUCGAGGAGCUCUGCAACAACUAUGACAGGGUAACGGACGAGGUCAUCAGGCCCAAGAUGGAGGAGCUGGAGAACAACCCCAUGAACCCUGGUGAAAAUCCCGACGACUACUUCAACCAGAAGCACCUACUCCCAGCUGGAUAAGAUGGGAGAACCCAUCUCCGACCGCCGCUUCAAGGACAUCUGCGUACAGGGCUUCUCCGACGAAUACAAGGACGUCAAACUGAUGGUGUUCAGAGACCCAACCUUCAACGUCCUGGACAUGCAAUCCACCAUGCGCAACAUCUUCUUGGACGAACAAUCGCGCAAGGGAUGGAACGGACGCAUCGCUGGUCGAGGAUUUGCCAUGGCGACGACCGCGUCUGACAUCAUCUGCCACAGCUGCUACGAGCCGGAGCGCAUCAGGAGAAACUGCCCCAAGAUCAAGAACAGGGCGAAGAAG